AUGUACUUGUUAAUAUGUAGGGGGCUGGUAUCUUCAGCUAGCAGACCUCGUGAAGACAGUUGGUUAAAAUCGCUAUUUGUUCGCAAAGUCGAUCCAAGGAAAGAUGCUCACUCCAACCUUCUAGCCAAAAGAGAGACCAGCAGUCUGUAUAAACUACAGAUUCACAAUGUAAAACCAGAAUGUCUAGACGCCUACAACAAGCUUUGUCAAGAGGUGCUGCCAAAGAUUCAUGAAGAAAAACACUACCCAUGUGCACUGGUGGGGACUUGGAACACGUGGUACGGAGAGCAAGAUCAGGCUGUUCAUCUGUGGAGAUAUGAAGGAGGCUAUCCAGCUCUCAAUGAGGUCAUGAGUAAACUCCGUCAAAAUAAGGAAUUCACAGAUUUUCGCAAAGAAAGAGGUAACAUGCUUCUGUCACGCAAGAACCAACUGUUGUUGGAGUUUAGUUUCUGGAAUGAACCUGUUCCCAGAGAGGGGCCUAAUAUUUAUGAACUGAGAUCCUAUCAACUUAGACCCGGAACAAUGAUUGAGUGGGGAAAUUACUGGGCUCGUGCAAUUCGUUUCCGACAAGAUAAUAAUGAAGCAGUUGGAGGAUUUUUCUCACAAAUUGGACAGCUUUAUAUGGUUCAUCACCUCUGGGCUUACAAAGAUCUCCAAACCAGAGAAGAUAUAAGGAAUGCUGCAUGGAAUAAACCCGGCUGGGAUGAACUGGUCUAUUACACAGUGCCCCUUAUUCAGGAAAUGGAGUCCAGAAUCAUGAUACCGUUGAAGAUUUCUCCUCUUCAGUAAAGUCACUGAUUUACUUGUGCCUACAUAGAUAAAGUGACAAGUAUUUGUCUUAAAUUAAUUUAUGGUAUACAUUGUAUAUCAUAGUCUGAAAUAUAAAAGUACUGUAUUGAGCUUAUAAAAGAGACCUCUUUUCUUCAGAAUCUAAUGACCUUUUGCUCUUAGGAUUGUACCAGGAAAUAUAGGACUGUAAUUAAAAGGUUGGUUAAUUGAGAACAAGUACAUAUAUGAGUUCCUCUGUGAGACAGCUCCUCAGGUUAAGUGUGGCAUACAAUAUUUAGCAUCUUCUGCUACAUAGACAAUACCCAGUGUUCAGUAACAGCAACAGAAUGGAGUCUUACAGUUGCUGCGGCCUUUGUGUAGCAUUA